AUGCGUAAACAGAUAAUUAUACUUCCAGCAUGCGAGUGCUCUGUGGCCGUUGAGACAGGAAAUUUCAUUGGUUUUACGCCAACUCCACCAACGUUGUUGAAUAAUAGAGACGCGAAUGGUUGCCAGCAAUACCAGACCAGCUGUUCUUGCGCUGCGCAACAGUGCACUAUCAGAUUCUUUGACACAAUUAGCGGCCUUGGUAAUGAGGUCAGGAAUCAUGCUUUUACAGGCACUGCCAGUAUUACUAUAAGUUGCGGACCUGAUCCACUUGCACCUUACGCGGGCACUUACGCCAGUCCUUCUGGAAGCAGCACUAUUCCUCCAUUUACUUCAGCGACUUGUGGAUAA